AUGACACCUCUCCAGAGUGUCUUGUCUGCGGAGCGCCGGGGGACAAUCGACCACCACUUCUUUGACUGCUUCGACUCGAAGGAUGUAUGGAUGGCAGCAAGGGACGUUCUUUGCGAUGCGCUCGGACGCGGCACGAUCGAGUACGAACACUUCUCGCCAUGCUGCGACUUUUCGGCCUUCCCAAGCUCAAGGCCUAACUUAGCGAACAAGAAGGCGCAGACCGAGCGCAUCGCAAAUAACGCCCCUUCCCGCUAUACGUUCUUCGAGUUGAGUUAA